AGAGGUUAAAGUAUAGGUGGAAGAGGUUGUUGUAUUUUUUGAACACAGCUGUCAUGUGUGUAUUGCUUAGAUUUUAGAUUGACCAGGUCAGUAAUAAAUCAAAAUUAUCUGUUUCAUAAAAUAUAAAAAUGGAUAAAAAUAAUUUAUUAGAAGUAGACAUUUCUCAGUUAGAAAUUGGAGAAGACAAAAUAAAGAUCUGUGAAAAUGAUAGUGCUCCAUCUGAAGUAGAAUGUGUAGCAGAAGCUACAAGACGAUCAACUCGGAGGAAACAGCCCCCUCCGAAUGAUAAGAGAAGAGUACAAUCCAAACCAAAAAAAUUGCCAGAUGAUCUGAAUUCUAAAAUACUUAUCAAUUAUUAUUUGAAUAAAAGAGUUAAAAGGCACCAAACACAUUUAGAAACAAUUUUUGAAGAUCCAAUCUCUACAGAUAUAAUUAUGAGCAGACGUAAAUUUUCCAGAAGUAUGCAAUUUCCAGUAGAAAUUUCUUUGGUGAAAAAUAGAAGUAAAGUUAGGAAACGAAGUAUGAAAGCUAAAGAGAGAGGAAGUAUGAAGCCUAAAAAACUUUCAAUGGAAUUACUACUUGAAAAAUUAGCUAAUAUUGAUACAGAAGACAAUUGUUAAUAUAUGUACUUUUUAAAAGAGGGAACAAUAACUUCAAUAUUUAAAAUUGAAUAUAAACAAAUUGUACAAGUGUAAAUUGUAGUUAUUCCAAAUGAAAAGUUGACUAUAAGAUGUAAAUAACUAGACAGUAUUAAUGUUUUACAAUUUUUAAAUAGUUAUUGAUAAUUUCAAAGCUAUUUAUGCUAAUACCACAUGUCUAUCAAUUGCUUCUUGUUUAUUGUGGCAAUAUAUUGGUAUCACCACUUUCUAUGGUGUUAAAUGUCUUAGAUAUCUAAUAUAUGUGAACCCAUCUCAUCAAUAAGGUAAAAAAUUUUUACUGAUUCUAAACUUACAUUAGGUAAAUAAAAUUUGUUUGAAUAUAAACUGUGAGUUAAUUAUUGACAAACAUGUGAUUUCUUAAAAUUUAAAAUUAUUAUAAGUAAUAUUUAAAGAAUAUGUUUAUUAGAUGAUUAAACAAUCAGCUUGCUGUGAUCAACUGGUCACAGAAAAAAUCUAUAAUGAAAUAGAUCAGGCAGAAAAAGCAUUAACUUUCUUAUUAACUAACAUAGGUAUAUCAUGCACUUUAUUUUGAUUUGAACAAUAUGAAUAUUUUAAAUUGUUUCAGUAAAACUUUCCACUGUUUAAUCAUCCAAAUAUUAACUAGGGGACUGCUACUAACCAAACAUCACUUUGGUUCCAUAAUCAGAAUCACAAAAUCUUUAGUUACUAUUCUUGUCAACUCUCCCCUCUUUUUUCUAAAUCCCCUAGACACCUGAAAUGACUUCGUAGUGAAAUUUUACAUUUAAUUUGUUGAUUUUCAAAUACUACGUCCUCCUUAGUUAAGGUAAGGCCCACUUGGGAUAAACCCGCAUUUUCGAUGGUAUAUCGUUCAUGCCCUUGAAACCUAUCGUAGUUCAACCUCAAGAAUUCUAUUAGAAAACUAGAAUGAGUUUAUAUAUAUUCAUUUAUGAAUUUUUUUGAAAUUUAUUCGCAAUUAUCUACCUUCAACAUUUUUCUUUAUUCUUUUAUUAAACAAUGUUCCAAGAUCACUUUAUGAGAGCUUUGACCUCUCCGAAUGGAUCCAUAGUGUUAAGACAAGUAAACUAUGUAUCUGUUUAUUUUUUUGAACUAGAAUGACGUACAUCAAUAGCGUAAUAGAAGAGGCAUAUUACCUCGUCCGUAGCUCUGAAAGAACAACUAGUUUUUUCCUGACAAUACUAAUUCAUUGUUCCUUCUCGUUUUAUUAUCAUAAAGUAUUUUACUUAUGUAAUUUUAACUUUGGUUAUUAGUCUCAACAACUUUAGACUUUCUAUGUCUACUUGCUACACUGAAUAAUUUUAAUAAUGUUCUCUCUAAUAAAUCAAUGUCGUUUUUCUCUUAAAGUUGAGCCUCAAAAUGUAUACACACUCCUACAUCGAACAUAAGACUUCAAAAAAAUUAAUUCAUCUCUCCUGGAAAUCAGUAUUUAAUAAUCUUAUUGAAGUCUGAUAAUCAAAUACAUCCACUGUAACGCCCAUAUCAGUAACAUUCUGGGUACUUCUCUGUAAAAAUGUUGCUUCUAUUGAGGCAUGGUCUGACUAAUAGUUACUUCUAAGUAACACUAUUUUAUAAAUUGUCCAUUUUUCUCAAUGAUCAGACAAUUUUAAACUUGAAAUUUUUUGGUAUAUAUUGCAGAAUAGAAACCUUAUAUUUGCUUCUAGCUAAAGCAUUUUAUCAUAUAAUUGAAUAUUUGUACUUCAGUUUAUAGUAGUAACAUUCGUUUUUAACACGCCAAUAGUAAGUAGCCUCAUAGUAGUAUGUGGAUUUGUUCGAUAGUGAGCUUGUUUGUAAUUCUCCUUUGGACUAAAAGCAAGUGGCUCAUUUAAUCAAAAAUUCAUUCGACAGAUGAUUCCAACCUUUUGAUCUCCGUGCUGGAAAUUAAGCACUUCGAUAAUCUUACCAACUAUAUCGUUAUGGCUCGAUAUAAGUUUCGACGAGAUGUAGGUAUAUAAGCAGCAAUACCAUUAUAGGAGGGUGGUAUCAAUUAAAUAUAGUAUCGCGCUUUCAUUGCAUAUGUAACUAAAAAGGGUAA